CGCCUAUCUCCCUCGUCUCUCCCACUUCCUUGCCUGCUGCUCCCUGGCCCCCGCGAGCUUCCCCUCCUUCCUUCUCACAGAUAGAUGCCCGGAUUCCUCAUAAUGUUGUAAUCAGCUAACGUGAUUAACUUUGUUCCUCCCAGAACCAAACAAGAAAAGCAGUCGUGUACAUGCUCUGCCUCCGGGCAAGACUAUAAACUCGGGCACACCUCAGCUGAUGAGCUCAGCCGAGCUCUCGUGAUGGGAAUCCUGCGAAUCGAAAUAGGUACAGUGGUGUGCUGGUGCGGCUCUCUCAUCUCAACCUCCACCUCAACCUCAAGUUCAGCUCCGCGAAGCGUAGCAGCCCAACUGACAGAGCAGGAGCAGCAGCAGGAGUCGCAGCAGGAGAAGGAGGAAGAAGUUCGAGGACGAGGGGUACCUGCUGCUGUUGCGGAAGUGGAAAGUAGAGGCCCGCGACGACUGCGGCGAGAGAAGAGAGAGAGAGAGAGGGAGGGAGGGAGGGAGGGGGAGAGAAAGACCCGCAAACUUUUUACUCAAGAACUGGCGAUCGAAGUAAUUGCGGGGGGCUCAGACCUGCCGUCCACUUUUUCCUCCGUUCGGUCCGAUUUGCAGCAUCAUUUGGUCCCUUGUCGGCCACUGGACAGGUCUCGCCCUCUCCUCCCCAACGGACGUUCUCGUACCUCUGUAACCUACUAG